AUGAGAAUUGGGUGCUUGCAGUUUGCGCCCCAGGUGGGAGAUGUUGAUAAUAAUUUGAAUCGCGCGGAUUCAGUAUUAUCGAGGGCAAACCCAGAUGAUCUGGAUCUCCUUGUGUUGCCCGAGCUGGCUUUCUCUGGGUACAACUUCAAAUCACUGCACGAUAUUGCUCCUUUUCUUGAACCCUCUGGCUCCGGCAUCACGUCUCUCUGGGCCAGGACCAUCGCCCUCAAAUACAACUGUACCGUGACGGUUGGAUACCCUGAGAAAGUCGACGUCACACCAAAGUGGCCCACAGGUCCGGAAUAUUAUAACUCUGUUAUUGUCGUCAAUGGGGAUGGCGAGACAAUAGCCAACUACCGGAAGUCCUUUUUAUACCAAACAGAUGAAACCUGGGCACUAGAAGGAGGGCAAGGGUUUUACGAGGGCUUCAUUCCUGGACUGGGAAACACCUCAAUAGGAAUCUGCAUGGACUUAAAUCCCUAUAAGUUUGAAGCGCCAUGGCAUGCCUUCGAAUUUGCCUAUCAUAUCCUCGAAGUAGAGUCAAAUCUCGUCAUUGUGUCUAUGGCCUGGAAUACCAGAGAGGAUCCUCGUCGGUUUACCCGCAUGCCCAACGAACCUGACAUGGAAACACUUACUUAUUGGGUUACUCGACUUGAGCCUCUCAUUCGCGCAGAGAAUGAAGAUGAGAUUAUUGUUGUAUUCUGUAAUCGCACAGGGAAUGAGGAUGAGGCUCUAUAUGCCGGCACCAGUGCAGUCAUCGGUAUCCAGGACGGCGAGGUUAGAGUUUACGGUCUUUUAGGACGCGGGGAAAAAGAGUUGCUGGUCGUCGACACCAAUAACUCACCUUACGCAAAACUUGUGUAUCGCCCGGACCCACGAGGCGCUGGCAUGGAGGCACCGGGAAGACUGCAACGAAAUGACGAGACCAACAAUCCCCGGCCCAAUGAAGUCCGUCAUUCCUCAGAGGAUUCGAAGAAAGAUGGCCAGACCCAAAGUUCCUUGAAUGGCGUGACCAGUUCACAUCCUUCAGGCUCAACCGCACUAGGGCAUCACAUCUCCUCUAUGUCACAACGCUGUACUCUUCCGAAAGACGGGUCUUAUGACUCUACGAGAAGACGACAGGCACCAACGAUUACUAUUCCGCCUGCCCCAGGAUUGGUUAUGAGCAACUCGGCUCGUUCUCCUGGCACAGAUAGUCUUAACAUUCCUACACCAUCGGCGCCUAGUCCGACACCUAUGUCUGUCCGACCCAGGCUCAUCAUUCCCGAAUCGCCUCCCAUUCUCCCUCACCAGUAUCCGCCAGAUCAUCCCAUAAGCGCUGCAUCUUUGAGAUCAGAAAGAUCAGUGCGAUCUAAUACGUCUCAGGCAUCCAAUGCAACUGUACAGACACGCCCACCAGAAGAUAGUACGCCGUACCCUAAUAGCGCAGCUCCUCUCAGCGGCUACCCGACCAACACUUUCAAGCUGAAAGAUCAUCCAUACAAUCAUCGAUUUACCGUUGCUUCUCCAGAUGAUGGAAGAACACCCUUGUCCCUUAAUGGAAUGUCCCCAUUAGAUGGUCCGCGGUUUUGGAUGCCUCCCGAUUCCGCUAGCUGGACACCCGCUACUGCGGUGGGCAGGAAGCCAGAACCAUUUCCCUGGUCAGAAAUCACAGGCGAGAUACGACCCCUCAGUACUGGAACAUUACAAAACCGCAGCCAGAGUAAUGCAACUCCAAAGGAUCUGAGAGCAUUCAGUCCCCUGUCAAAUACUUCGUCGAACAGAACCAAUGAAACAAUUAUAUCCGAAUCAUCUGAGGCAUCCAGAGCCUCUAGAUCUUCACGGGCAUCUAGGGGGACAGCGAAAUCACCGACAAAGCAUGAUACCAGUCUUGCCAGACCACCAUCCCCAAAGUCCCGAAACGCAAGCCGUACGGGAACAAGGGAAAGAUCUGAUUCAGCACUUGAAGAUCGUGAUAUCAGCAAUACUAUUACACAACAUCUCGAGGGAAUCUCUCAGCGUGCCGAGUCUGCCAGCAGAUUAAGAUCCGAGUCUGCAAAGGGCUUGCGUGCUCACGACUGGCCUCAUCUGAGAGAUCGCAGCAACACUCGCCCUAGGUCUGCCGUCAUUCCACCGACAGAAGAUCAUAUGAUACCAAUAGCUGCAAGCCCGAGUCUAUUCAGGAACAAUAACUAUAGUGCGGGUCGACCGCCUUCCCGAGGAGGCUACCAAAUCCGCGGGGAGCCACCGAAUAACCUUGGCGAUGUUCUUCAAAGCAUUAGCGGCGAGCAGGCUAGAACAGCGGCUGAUCCGGCCAAUACGACUCAACGCGCAGCAAGCCGUGGUCGAAUGCCACAGCCCAAGCCUCUGGCAACAAAUGGAGCUUAUGAUUCGACGAUGCCAACCGCGGAACGUUCCUCUUCUCGAGACUCGACUCGCAACGAGCUACUGCAUAGCAGAACGAGCCAGCACCGGUCACGAGGACGACAAUCUCGAACAAGGAGAACCUCGUCGGGUCAGCAUGGUCGCAUGCCCUCCCACGAUAAUCUCCCUCGUGGGUUUGAGCGAGUAGAAUCCGUUGUCUGUCCUAAUUGCCCUGUUCACGGACGAAAUCCUUCUGCAAGUGGGAACCGCCACACUGAAAGCGCACCUCCAAUGGACCAUCCUGCUUCCAGACCUGUUACUGUCAGGCCAAUAACCUCAUCGCCACCAGGCAGGACUGACUCUGCUCCCGCAUCUGUGUUCGCUGCGAGGGCCAUCGUCGAACGAAGCAAUAAUUCGACAAAUGAGCCAACUCCACAACUAGAUUAUACGCCUUUGGUCACACCCGGACCCGGCGAAAAACAACAGGACAAAAACCACGAAAAUGUAACUAAUGAAGUUGGAGAGGCCAGCGAUUCAGGGUCAUUUGCGGAGACGUUGCAGACUAUUUCGACUCCAGGACGGUCUCCCGCCACACCAUCGUUUUUUAAUCCCAGCACUCCCAAAGCUAUGGUUUUCAAAAGUGAGGAUUUGGAAGUUGACCCAUCACUCAUCAAUAAUCUCAACAACUUUGACAUAGCUUCAGCUUCUCUUCCUGAAGCAGACACGGUCCAAGUGGCAUAA